AUGUCUGAUACAAUUGCAGUUAUACCAAUGAACGGACAGGCGGCGGGACAGAAUGGAGUCAAGCGACGUGAGAACGACGAUUUCUCGGUGAAGCUAUCGACCAUUCGGAUCUGGAUGCACGAAAAGGACAUUGGAAAGCUGACGCGCAUUUUGUGGGCGGGACAGGGACAACGCCUCUGCCAGCAGGCAAGCAAUAAUGGGCGUGUCAAGCGCUUUCUAGCCGCCGUGCCGCAUGUCAUGAAUGCCAGCAAGGAUCUGCAUCAGGCGGUGAUUGACAACAACCUGGAGACGCUGCAGAUGCAGCUGGAGCCGCCGGUGUCAUCGGCAUUGGUCACAGCCAAGGAUGGCAACGGAUUGAAUGUCAUACACAAGGCCGCUGGCUUGGGACAUACCAAGAUCUUGGAAUAUCUCAUAGGGUUGUGGCCGGAGGGGGCACAUGAGAUCGAUAUAACGGGCAAGACGGCGCUACAUUGGGCCGCCAGUGCCAAGAAUAACAUGCGCUGUUAUACGCUUCUCACCCAGGCAGGUUGCGAUGAGGAGGCCUUGGAUUACAAAAGGAAGACACCCGUCUACUAUCGCCAUAAGCCUCACGAAAUCGAGCGGGCGUUUCUUGUCUAUGUGCCCGAGGCGCCGCGCAUCUCCCCCGACAGCGUCACCGAUUGGGAGGCACUCAGCGAUGAGAGCAACGACGGCAGCGUCGCCGGCGACGCCAGCCGAAGCAGCAGCAAGCAGAGCAAGAAGUUGAGCAAUAAACCGACGGUCGCUGUAAAUGGUCGUAAAUCGUUGGAUGACAGCGCCGAGAACACCUCGGAAUUGGACACGAAUGACGGUGCGAGUGCCAAUGAUGAUGAUGAAGAUUUGUCCAAAGCGGAUGCGGAAGUUGAGGCUGCCGUGGAAACGGAAGCGGAUGCGGAAGCGUUGCCCGCAGCGCAGCGUCGACCCGAAACGCCAGCGGUUUUGGCCAACGAUGCAGUAGAAGAUACCGAAAGCGAGGAAGCUGAGAAUAUUGCAAGAGCUGUAAGCGAUGAUGAUGAUGAUGAUGAUGAUAAGGUUGAGACAGCGACAGAGCCGGAGACAGCAGCUGAGGAGGAGAAACAACCGGAGACGGAGAUGGAGAAUGGAACUGAAGAGACAAACGAAGAUGAUGGAAUUGAGCAGUCGAAUGAGAAUGAAGUUGAAGUCGAAAUUAAAGUAGAUGAUGAUACAGAGAGUGAGCAAAAUGCAACUGAAAAGACUGAAGCAAUUGAGAAAGAAGCGGAAUCGAAUGUGGAAACGGAAACAAAGUUAACUGAUGACAUAGAGAAAGGUGCAGAAAAAGAUGCAGAAAAAGACGCAGAAAAAGCUGAGGAGGAGGAGGAAGAGGACGAUGAUGAGGUACAGAUUGGCAUGCUUUAAUUAGCCAAGUUAUAGAUCAAUUCGAUUCGAUUGAUUGAUUGAUGUUUUUGUGGCGUUUGCUCCGUCCUUUGACAAUGAAUGUGAAUCUGUAAAAAACUCAAAAAAUCCAAAAAAAAAAA